AUGGAGUUGUACACCGCCUACAGCUGCCUGAAGACACUGGAGUUGUACACUGCCUACACCUGCCUGAAGACACUGGAGUUGUACACCGCCUACAUCUGCCUGAAGACACUGGAGUUGUACACCGCCUACAACUGCCUGAAGACACUGGAGUUGUACAUCGCCUACAACUGCCUGAAGACACUGGAGUUGUACGCCGCCUACAGCUGCCUGAAGACACUGGAGUUCUACGCCGCCUACAACUGCCUGAAGACACUGGAGUUGUACGCCGCCUACAACUGCCUGAAGACACUGGAGUUGUACUCCGCCUACAGCUGCCUGAAGACACUUGAGUUGUACACCGCCUACAGCUGUCUGAAGACACUGGAGUUGUACCAUAUCUACAGCUGCCUGAAGACACUGGAGUUGUACACCGCCUACAGCUGCCUGAAGACACUUGAGUUGUACACCGCCGACAGCUGCCUGAAGACACUGGAAUUGUGCCUGAAGACACUUGGGUUGUACACCGCCUACAGCUUCCCGAAGACACUGGAGUUGUACGCCGCCGACAGCUGCCCCGAGACACUGGAAUUGUACACUGCCUACAGCUGUCUGAAGACACUGGAGCUGUACACCGCCGACAGCUGCCUGAAGACAGUGGAGUCGUACACCGCCUACAGCUGCCUUAAUGGGGUUGACAUAUGCUACCAGGAACCAUUGUCCCAGGACAUGUGGUACCAGGAAACAUUGUCGGUCCUCCGAAAUGAAAGUCCGAUGCCUGGCACUGAUAUUAGCUACAAGGAACAAUUGUUCCAGGACAUUAGUUACCAGGAACUAUUGUCCAAGGACACUAGUUACCAGGAACCAUUCUCCCGGGACAUCAGUUACCAAGAACCAUUGUCCAAGGACAUUAGCUACAAGGAACCAUUGUCCCAGGAUAUUAGUGACCAGGACCCAUUGUCCCAGGACAUUAGUUACAAGGAACCAUUGUCCCAGGAUAUUAGCUACAAGGAACCAUUGUCCCAGGAUAUUAGUUACCAGGACCCAUUGUCCCAGGACAUUAGUUACAAGAAACCAUUGUUCCGGGACAUUAGUUACAAGGAACUAUUGUCCCAGGACACUAGUUACCAGGAACCAUUCUCCCGGGACAUCAGUUACCAAGAACCAUUGUCCCAGGACAUUAGCUACAAGGAACCAUUGUCCCAGGAUAUUAGUUUACCAGGACCCAUUGAUAUUAGCUACAAGGAACCAUUGUCCCAGGAUAUUAGUUACCAGGACCCAUUGUCCCAGGCCAUCACCUACCAGGACCCAUUGUCCCAGGACAUAAGCUACAAGGAACCAUUGUCCCAGGAUAUAAGUUACCAGGACCCAUUGUCCCAGGAUAUUAGUUACAAGGAACCAUUGUGCCAGGAUAUGAGCUACAAGGAACCAUUGUCCCAGGAUAUUAGUUACAAGGAACCAUUGUCCCAGGCCAUCAGCUACCAGGACCCAUUGUCCCAGGACAUUUGUUACCAGAAAACUUAUCCUCGGGACAUAAGUUACCAGGAACCAUUGCCCUAA